UUUUCUUCUCUCCAGAUGUUGGAUGCGUAUGGUAAUCAUGUUAUGGAAGGCUAUGAAGUUCGGGUGGAUGUACAGGGAUUUCAGAUGCUAGAUCAACUAGGCCCCAGGCGUAAGGUGGAUUCUGACGGAUGUGUCGUCCUUGGUGGUCUCUUGAAAGUAAAAGCCGGUUAUGGAGAGAAUGGUAAGUGUCUUUACCUGAGAGCUUUAUCUCUGUUAAGUUGGACUUGUAGAUCUCUAGUUAUGAGUGGUAAUGCAGUUUUAUUCAUGCUCUUAUGCCAGCAUGUUUGGGUUAAACCUGACCGCCUCAAGACGUACCUCAGACCACCUCAUGUUCGGGUCUUUCUCUCCUGUGAGUUGUAAUAUAAUUUGAUCUUAAAGCAUUGGAUUGGUACUUGGCUUGCAAGAGGUAUGUUGUAUUUGAUUUUUCUUUUUUUUUUUUAAAUCUUUCACAAUUUUUAAUAUAAAUUGUAUAACUUUAGUGGAGUUUGGAUAUCUUAGAUAUUCAUCCGUAGUGAAGUAGGUUAUGAGAAUUAUGUGUGUUGCGGUGAUAACGGAAGGUUGAAAACUUGCAUGUCUUAGUGAAGUAGGUUCUGAGAAUUUUGUGUGUUGCGGUGAUAUAUGGAUGAAAACCUGUGUGUUGUUUGAUUUGUUUGAAUUGUUUGUGUUGAUUGUGACAGUUUGCUAGGCUAGUAAAUUAGGGGAUAUGUUGUUUGAUUAUGUUAAUUGAACCCAUCAUCCUUAUUUUUAUCCUUUGUUUGAUUUUUUCUAACCCAAAUUUGAGUUGGAUUUUAUAGGUUUAUUGUUUCUGUCCAAUGGUAUAAUAUAAAACAGUCGUGGAAUAUUUGUUUUUGAAAGUCAAAAUUUAGGAAGUCUUAUCUUGUAAAUACUCAGUUUUUUAAGAGUCGUUUUGGAGUGUAGUUCAUAAAUUGUUUAAUUGUUUGUCUUAUUGAUAUUGCAUUUCACUUACUUUUAUUUUUGUAAUUAUUAUAGUCUUAGGUAUUUUAUUUAAUCUAACCUUGCUUUUAUAAUUAUUAUAGUCUUAGGUAUUUUAUUUAGUCUUAGGUUAUAAUAUAUUGGCAGAUUUUUGCUUCAUUUACUUAUGAUUUCAUU